GUCUGUGGUUCUUGUUUUGUUUACAAAAUCGAUUUAAAAAUUUUGCAAUAAUUUUCAAAUCUCGUUUUACAUUUAUACAUUUAGGAUAAAAUCAAUGUAAAACGAAUAAAACCUUCAAAAUGAAUUAAAGAUCUGUUAUGCAUGGCUCUAAAUGGAUUGAAUUACGACCCCAAUGUUUUAAAUUUCACUAAAUUGUGUGUACGUGUGAGUAGGACUGGAAGAGAACCGAAAACCUAGUUUCAGCUAAGUAACAAUGAAGAGACAGAAUGUACGCACAUUAUCACUUGUGGUAUGCACUUUCACCUAUUUACUGAUCGGAGCUGCUGUUUUUGAUUCCUUAGAAUCAGACACUGAGAGCAAGAGAUGGGAGGUAUUAUCAGACAUAAAAAAUGGGCUUGUCCGUAAAUACAACAUAACCCCAGAGGACUACCACAUGAUAGAGAUAGUGAUCAUAGAAAACAAGCCGCACAAGGCUGGCCCACAGUGGAAGUUUGCUGGUGCAUUCUAUUUUGCCACUGUUGUUCUGGCGAUGAUUGGUUAUGGACAUUCCACUCCUGUUACUGUUGGUGGGAAGGCAUUCUGUAUGGCAUAUGCAAUGGUAGGAAUUCCUCUCGGUUUAGUGAUGUUCCAGAGUAUCGGCGAACGUCUCAACAAGUUCGCGUCCGUGGUCAUCCGGCGAGCCAAGUGUUACUUGCGCUGUAACACCACCGAGGCUACGGAGAUGAAUCUCAUGUUUGCUACAGGGAUGCUGUCCUCGAUUAUCAUAACAACUGGUGCGGCCGUGUUCUCUCGCUACGAAGGAUGGAGUUACUUUGAUAGUUUCUACUAUUGCUUCGUGACACUGACCACCAUUGGAUUCGGCGAUUAUGUCGCUUUGCAGAAUGACCAAGCUCUAACAAGUAAGCCAGGAUACGUAGCACUGAGCCUGGUGUUCAUAUUAUUCGGGCUGGCAGUGGUCGCCGCUAGUAUUAACCUGCUAGUCCUAAGGUUUAUGACCAUGCAAGCAGAGGAGAACGCUCGGGACGAGGAUAAAGACAGUUGUAGGACAAUGCUGCCCAUCGACGGACACAUGUUCGCGGGCCGCCAGCGCUCGCACGAGGACCAGGCCUCGGUGUGUUCAUGCAACUGCCUCGGCAACAAGCAGUGCGAAGGCGGUGCGCUGCUGCCCGCCGCGCCCGCGCGCCCGCUGCGCGCACUCACGCGCCGCGCCUCGCUCGCGCCCGAACUCAUCGAGCGGGCAUCCGUGUAAACCUGCCCCAGUGUUGAGCCCUGUCCGCUCCUACCGAGCCAUGUAAAAGGUCGUAGCUCACGUACACGACACCGCUUCCGCACGUUAAAAGAAUAAACAUUCAAAUAGAGACAUAGGCUGAGAUCUAUAGAGCGGACUUUGAC